GUGCCCCUCUCUCCCUCCGACUCUACCUCCCGUUCAGCAAUUUUUAAUGUUCUCAGAAGCUUCUUUCUCUCUGGUCUUCUAGGUCGCGACCUCUGGCGCACCCAUCACUCCAAAACCUUCUUAUAUUUUCCGUUUUGCCUCCGAUCGCACUCUUCCUCUUUCUCAGUCCUUUUGAAGAAAGAAAGAAGCACCCAAAUCCGUGCACUAAGAUCAAGGAAAAGCCAUGGCGACAUUGGAUUCAGACGUGCCUAUGGUUCCGGUAGGCGAGGCUUCAAGCAGUGCAGGUUCAUCGACCAAGAAGCCCAAGCGAUUUGAGAUCAAGAAGUGGAAUGCUGUUGCUCUCUGGGCCUGGGAUAUUGUUGUUGAUAACUGUGCCAUUUGCAGGAACCAUAUCAUGGAUCUCUGCAUUGAGUGCCAAGCAAACCAGGCAAGCGCCACUAGCGAGGAGUGUACAGUUGCUUGGGGGGUUUGCAACCAUGCAUUCCAUUUCCACUGCAUAAGCCGAUGGCUCAAGACCCGCCAAGUGUGUCCAUUAGAUAAUAGCGAGUGGGAGUUUCAGAAGUAUGGUCAUUAGAAGCUUCAUGUGGUUGGGCGUUGGAUCUUCCGCGCACUUUCUGCUAUGGCGAUGCCGGCCAGGGUCCUUACCUGUUGUGCCUAUUUUCAUCCUUCUACUUUGUUAAUUCAACUGGAGCCCAUAUAUUUUUGUUAAGCAUUCGGCUGCUCAGGCGUCUGAUUGUGAAGUUCCUACAGUCAAAUUUGGAA